AUGGACGGGCUUCUGCUGGCAGGACUGGGCUCUUCAGUAAACAUCAUUUACAUCUGUCCACUAGCCUAUUGGGGCAUUUCAGAUGCCGAUCUCGCUGAUGGGAUUCCAGAUGGAGGAGGAGAUGAUGACAGAAGACCCAGGAAGGACGGGGAGGAAGAUGAAGCCCCGGGUGUGAUUCCAGGGAUUGUGGGGGCCAUUGUGGUCGCUGUGGCUGGAGCCAUUUCCAGCUUUAUUGCUUACCAGAAAAAGAAGUUUUGUUUCAAAGAAAAUGCAGAACAAGGUGAAGUCGACAUGGAAAACACCCGCAACACCAACGCGGAGCCACCUGUUCAGCGCACUCUUUUAGAGAAAUAGAAGAACUUCGUGAAAACAAUGCAGACGUUCAAAGGAGGCUUGUGACACCUUCCUGAAGCUCCUUCCCUGAAAACACCCGCAUGAGGACAGAGACUCAUUGGCUCAGGGAGUGGUGCCUUCCCGUGCCUGCCUUAGUUUUCGUUCAUGUUGGACUCUCUGUUUCCACUUUGAGAUGUGCUUUACCUGUUGCCGUGCUGGGCGGGUGAUGUUUUUACUAACAACAAGUUUUACAUCCAAGUGGGGACUUGGGCUGUGCCCUCUCCAAGGCCCUUGGGGAUUUCCUGUGUGAUGUGAAAGGCUGACCAUUACCACGUCCCUGUAUUCAAUUAUCAACCCCACCAAAGUACCCCGACAUGGAACUCUAGGCCUUCAUGAAUUACGUGUACUUGAGCACGUCUGAAACCUCCCUAGAGGCAUUGACCAUUUUUAUAAUGUGAGGUAAGACUGCAAUUGGUUUUGUCAAUAUUUUCUUCAUUUGGGAGGAUAUAUAUUUUUUUCAUACCAGACUAAUAAAAAGGAAUUAGAAACCAA